UUCACACACCACUUCAUCUUCACUAGAACUCUUUCUAGUCAUAAGAUUCUGUUAACUUUAAUAUGGUUUGCAAGUAAAUAAGAUAUACGUAGGCCAGCUACUGUGAUGUAACAAUGUAUGCCAUUUUCCAUAGAUAUUCUGAUAAUUUACAGUAGAUUUCGCAACUGUUGACAGUGGGUUCAGGUGAUUAUUGAUUCGGUGUUGCAUAUUCAUCGUCUUCUGAAAAACUCUUUUAUCGAAGUUCCGGUGCCAUGGCUCAUCGUCCGGAAAAUCAGGCUCCGCCUGAAGUCUUUUAUAAUGAACAAGAAGCAGCCAAGUACAGUCGAAACUCCCGAAUUAUUGGAAUUCAAACAGAAAUGUCUGAGCGUGCACUUGAACUUCUCGCCCUACCAGAAGAACCCCAGUUUCUACUUGACAUUGGUUGCGGAUCUGGGCUCAGCGGAGAAGUAAUUUGUGAUGGGGGUCACUUCUGGGUCGGAAUGGACAUCAGCAGAGCUAUGCUCAAUGUUGCAAUAGAAAGAGAUGUUUCAGGCGACCUAACUUUGUGUGACAUGGGCGAAGGCGUCCCGUUCCGAGCUGGAACUUUUGACGGGGCCAUUUCCAUCUCAGCACUACAGUGGUUGUGCAAUGUCGACAAAACCUACCACAAGCCAAUCAAGCGACUCGCCAAGUUUUUUUCUACCUUAUAUGCGGCAUUGUCCCGGGGUUCACGUGCUGUGUUUCAAUUUUACCCGGCCUCCGGUGACCAGGUCGAUCUCAUUACUCAACAGGCGAUGAAGGCUGGCUUUACAGGUGGUUUGGUAGUUGACUAUCCGAACAGUUCGAAAGCAAAAAAAAUAUUCUUAGUCCUGUUUACGGGAGGUCCACAGAAACUUCCACUUGCAUUGGGGACUGAGCAGGGUGACAAUCAAGUGCAGGUCGUAAAACUCGAAAAGAAUGCGAGACCCUGUGCCAAGAAUAUGAAAUCGAGGCUCGAAUGGAUUAAAGAGAAGAAAGAACGACGGCGAAGGCAGGGAAAAGAAGCCCGUUUAAAUACAAAGUAUACGGGAAGACGUCGAGCCGGCCAUGGUUUCUGAAGGCAUUUUUGCCCUGUCGGAAACUACAGUUGAUCUCGUCUCCUUUCUUUGUUGGGUUCCGUUUCGUAAUAAAGAAACAUGUUGAAAACUUAGGCCUUAUAAUUGUUUCGCAUUAACUGAUUAAUUAAUAGACCAUAGAUGUAUAUAGUUCGUCUUUGCGUGGCAUUUAUCAUAUACCUGGUAAUACUGAUUCGUUUCUCUAUAGAUAUUUUUGCUGAACAUAAUCAUACAUGUUAAGAAUAUAUUCGGAAAUCCACGGCUCAAGAUCACCUACAUGAUAUAUUUAUGUAAUAGUUGAAACCUCUUAGCAUUGGUAUCCCAGCAUGUGGCGUGUACAAUGUACUACAUAGAUGGUCAAUUUAAAGGAGAAAACAUAGACGUUUCGCAUAUCCAAUAUUUAAAUAAAUACAAGUGUAUUCUAGUCAUGACCAGCACUUUAAAUCUCACAAAAGAAGAUAACCAGAGGAUCUACCAAUUAUAUAAUAGUAUUGUGAGCGGACCAAAAGUAGGCUUAAAAUGAAAACCGAGAUGAAAAAAAUUAGAACUGACGUAGAAGUGUAGAAUAAGUAGCUUGGAAGUUAUGCAUGAGCAAACAAUGUAAACACGUAUUGAUUACUGAAUUGAGUUGAAGAUUUCAAAAUGAUGAGGCCUAACUCUCUUUACUCAGGGACGCGUAGAGACCUGCUUAAAUAUUUUGAAGCCUUUUUUUUUUUGAUAGCAGAGAAUGUGUAUAUAUAUAUGAAUAGUGAAAAGCGUUAGAGCUCGUCUUUAUAGAUCUUAUAGUUUCACAAUAUAUAAUGCUGUUGUAAAGCUUCGUGCUGUAAUCUCUAGUCAGGGCUCGAAGGAAAAUAGCCCUAUUGUACUAUCCUUCGCCGCAUGCAAAACAGUAGCCGGCGUUUUCCGUUUUCUGUAUGUAUACAAAUCUCGUCUGCCUAAUUACUUAUGUAGCCAUUCUCUUUUUUCAUAUUACAGUUCAUAUUUUCGUGUCUGUCGUAAGUUUCUCCUAAGUUUAUUUUUCUCAGUGCCACGAUGUAGCGUUUUUAGUUCGUAGUUUUGCUUUGACAGAGUUAUGAGCGCAUUGUACGUAAUAUGAACGAGCAUUGGGUCUAUUGUUAAACUCAUUAUAUGUACUUAACGGCUAAAAAUCUCAAUUUAGCAAUUCAUUUGUUAAAAUACCAAUAGUAUUUUGAGAUAAAGGCUAACCAUCUUACGAGAUUAACAAUAGCGGGAAUUUUUUAACCACUUACGAGUUAUUCUUCGAUUAAUUUUCACGAAUGUAAAUAAGAAUUGUGGUAACGCCAUCGUUGUAGAAGGAUAAAAACAUAGUAUCACUUGCAAUCAGCGCAUGUUUUUUUUGCAUACUAAUAACUGUGAACCUACUUUUUGUGUAAACUUAAGCCUAACUGUCCCAAAUCUGUAACUCGUUUUUCUCUCUUUCCCCUCCUCUCUUGUAUUUUCGAUUGCUGUCUAUAUCAUUUUCUCAUGUUGUUUUGCGUGCAGUAUAAUUAUUCUAUACUGCAAUAAUUUAGCUGUGAACUAUUUAGUUCCUUACUGACGUUGCAACUUGAGUAAGAUCAGCGAAACAGUAUAUUGCCGUUACAUUAUUUUUCUUGUUAUGCACUAAUUCUAUUUGAUACGCGCCUGGCACCCUUGGUUUUGUAAAUUAUGAAUCGCUGAGUACUAUUGC